AUGGUUGCGCCGGGGUACGUGCAAAUCACAGCCCAGGAAUAUGAGGCCAUUAGUUCGCAAAUUCGACUCAACCAACUUCACCGCGAAGAAGAAGAGCGCCGGCUACGUGAGCAGAUACUCUACAUUCGACGACACGGGCAUCCCAGGAUCACCCUGAACACCCCUGAGGAACACGGUUUUGCUAUUAGUGCCCGAGAAGAAGAGGCGAUGAGAAGCGAGAGCGGGAACUGCCUUGGCUGCUCUGGACGCCAUGGUAUCCGCGACUGCCCAGUCUACGCCAGCGCCUCUGAAAGGCGCCGACUGCUCAUCGCGCUGGAUUGCUGCCCGAACUGUCUAAGCCACCGCCUUUCCAGCCGUUGCCGCAGCGGGGACAAAUUGUGCGUGGCCUGCGCAAAGGAGUAUGAUGAUAUCGACCUGGUCCGUCACAAUACGAUUUUGUGCCCAAAAUUUUACACCGCCACCCGGGCCGUCCAUGAGAAGAUGAAGCGAUGGCGUACCUCCGACCCCGACUCCCGCUCGUUCACCCAGCAACGCCGUCGUCAUCCCCCCUUC